AUGACGCCCCACAUGGUGCCUGUUGGGCUUCGUUCUAACAACGACCUCGACGGUAACGCAUCUAUCGUCGCUGCCAUGGAGCCGUACGCUCGUCCAUGGCGGAUUGCUCUGGACUGGGCGACAGGAUACGGCGAACUUUUAUCGUCCCCUGAAAAUGAACACCAUUGGCUCAUUCCUCUUGCGUGGAUCUGA